UGUGUCCAACAGCAUGACACCUCCAGAAGAUCCAGGGUGACAUCUGCACUGUCAGAUGUCGUCUCCAUCAUUUAAAGCCUCUCUCGGCCCCACUUGCCUGCUCUCUGUCCUCCGCAUAUCGGUCAGAGGUCGGCGACUAUUAGGCGGAUGCUUCAUCACUGCUGGACUUGUCACAGAUUUGUGGAAUGAAAUGUGGUUCAACAAUAACCCCCCCUUUUUACUCUGUAUUUAGGCCAGAUUCAGUUAACAGUCACUUUUAUUCCACACUCCACUCAAAGGCGAUGAAGAAAGAGUUUGAAGAUCAGCUGAGUCCUACUAAACACAGUCAUUUUGACAGUUUUUCUGUUUUUGUGACUGGUCUACAGCUCAAUGCUGGACAUUUCUGCACCAAAUUUUACAUUUGGUGAAACCGUACAAAGUCGUUUUUAACUUCAGUUGCUGUUAAUUCAGUAGCUUGCCACCAAAAGGACACUUGGUUCGUUCUGUUUGAAACAGGAAGUAGGAAUUCUCCAUUUCCAUGCCAGACAAGUGUAACAGAUUUGCCCAUGACGUUUCCCUGAACCUCGAGUUUGGCUCCAACACAGUUGAUCAUUUCUAUGCUGAUAACAUUCAGAUCUAUUGUUCUUUUCAGCCUACUGAAUGUCUAAAAUUGCCCUCCUUGAUAAACUGCCAGUCGCAUCAAGCAGUGGUUCAAUUACCCUUUUUCCUAAGACAGAAACACUCCUCAUCUCUCCUGAGAACCAAGCAACAGAAAUCAAACUAUUCCUGGGUUACUUUGGCCUCUGUCACACCUCAGCUCAGAAAUCUUGGCAUCAUCAGGACUGAUCCUGAAGUCGCUGUUCCGAAAAGUGAAAGUUGAAGGUCCCUGAGUAACCCUGAUGUUUCCGUAUCCAACAUAAGUCAGUAAUCGUACCACUUUUGUUCAGUAACGAGUAAUCUCACGCGUUACUUCAAAUCCAGUAAUGGGAUUGAAGUUACCCUGGGGAAAAACAAAUAUACUAAGUAUGUUAAAUUUAGGCUUUAAAUCAGACUAAUCAUGAGUGUAUUUCACGUUCCGUUAGGAUUAUAAGAGAGUUCUCUUCAAAUUAAAGACAGCGUGUAUCAUACAUAAAACAUUCCUGCUUCCCUUCUCUCUGGGCCCGAUCUCAGCGGUACCAGUGAAGGGCUUCAGCUUCAGAAAGAAUGAUUGCCUCUCCCUCUCGCCUCUUGCCAUCCUCCAGCCGGCUCCCACAUUGAGUCAGUGAGAGGGGAUGAUAAGGGGCCGGGAGGACACCAUCAAUCCACCGUAAACACGCUGCACGUCUUAGGGGCCCCCCCGCUCAAGGGCUUACAUGCCCUGGGUCGGGGUCACUCCUCUGUCUUCCUCCGGCAGGACAGGCCUCGACACCCUGCUGCUUUGGCUGAACCGUCUUGCUCGGGGAGGCGGAGGUCCCGGAGACCCUUCAGUAUUAACUGCUGUCUAAUAUUAACUGCAGCGCAAACAAAUCAGCGGUAAACAAAAGGCAAGAGUAAACAAACUCCCAGGGCCUGGAAGGGGACGGACAAACUUUUAUGAUUCUGUUCCUCUGGUUUUUAAGGACUAAAAAACAAAACAAAAUUUCGGCUCAUAAAAAAAAAAGUGAUAUAUUUACUCUCUUCUGCUCUGGGAAACAAACAACUUCGCGUUCACACAUUCUGACGUGCAGUGAGUGUUGAAUACCUCGGAGGUCUCGUGUGAUUUAUCAAGUCGCAGGCAGGUCCAGCUGUUUGGACAGCGGUUCCAGCCCCGUCCUUCCCGGGUGUCCCCACUUUCCCUUUCGUCGACCCCUGAGGGACGCUCAGGCCCUCCUCCAGCACUUCAUCACCACUGACGAAGAGCCUCAGCUGCACUCUUCCUCUCUGUGUGUGUGAGGUUUUUUUUUAAGUAUAUAUCAGUCGUGGAGACCUGAACACAUCGCGGGGACUAAGGAAUGUCUCCUCACCAUCCAGAUCCAUCACGUUCUGUGUGAAUUCUCGGACUGCUUUUGUGUUUUCUUGGUGCAAGAAAACAGACGUAAAGGUCACAGACUGGAGAGAGGAUUCCUGAGUCCAGAUGAGAGAGUGGACGGAGUCUGAGAUGAGCUUUCCAGCAGGGGGGUAUCUCUCCACCUCGGAGGGCUACUGCUCCGCUGAGCCGCUCCAGUACUACGACAUCCUGGCCGACCCUGUGGGCUAUCCUCUGCAGGACCCGGACCUCCAGCUGCUCCCUUACAGCCAACAGCAGUGUUUCCCUGCCAACCUGCCUUUCCCCUUCUACAGCUCGCCUCCUUCUUCCACCUCCUCACCUUCAUCUCUGGCUUCAUCCUCUCAGCUCUGCCAUCCUCCGUACCAGUACGGCUCUCACAGCCUGGAGGGCCCCUGCGGUCAGGGCCCGGAGCCCCUGUCUUUGGGGCUGAAUCAGGGGCUGGCACCCACAGGGUUGCCUCUCGUGCGCAGGCCUCGGAUGGGGUUGGGAGGAAAGGGCAAAGGCCAGGAUGAGUUGUGCGUGGUGUGUGGGGAUAAAGCGUCGGGUUACCACUACAACGCUCUCACCUGCGAAGGGUGCAAAGGUUUCUUCAGGCGCAGUGUGACUAAAAAGGCCGUGUAUCACUGCAAGAGCGGCGGCGGCUGCGAGAUGGACAUGUACAUGAGGAGGAAGUGCCAAGACUGUCGGCUGAGGAAGUGCCGCGCCGUGGGAAUGCUGGCGGAGUGCCUUCUGACCGAAGUCCAGUGCCAAUCCAAGCGACUGAGGAAAGGAGGUAAAAGCAGGGGGCAAGAAGAGGAGGAGAGCGCAGACGGUCGGAGAGUCAGCUCCACCUGCCGGUUACCUGCGCAGACUCAGCCGGCCACGUUGACCCGGGAACAGAAACAUGUUGUGGACAGGAUGGUGGAGUCUCACCGACAGUUCAGAGAUCAGGACAGCAGCAGUUACAUGGUGUUUGAGUGGCAGUGUGCUCUGGAAGGAGACGGCCUGAUGGAGGUCCCCUCCCCACCGCUGCAAAGACUCCUGCAGUUUGCCAGAACGGUGCCGGGAUUUGACCUCCUGGAUUUCUCAGACCAGAUGAGCCUCCUGUCUGUGUCUUCGCUGGAGGUCAUGUUCCUGCUCUCUGCCCAGCAGUUCUCCAGCAACCCAGCGAGCCCCACUCCAGCCUCGCAGCUUUUCAGUGCUUCUGCUUACGGCUGGCACCGACACCUGGACCCGAAGGAAAACCUGGACAUCAGGAUGCCCGUCAGCUCAGGAUGUAGCGAGGAUCUCCUCGGCUCGGUGCUGAACUUCCUGCACAGCAUGGCAGUGCUGCGUGUGACAGAAGCUGAAUACACUCUGCUCACCGCCACGGCUCUGCUCUGCUCAGAUCGAGCGUCCCUGCAGGCGGUUAGUGGUGUGGAGAAAAUGCAGGAGCUGAUCCUGGACCUGCUGUCCAGAGUGUGUGGGGCCCAGACCAGAGCAACAGGUCGCCGAGGGCCGCAGCGUUUCGGCCGCCUGCUGGGCAGAUUGACGGAGCUGCGCACCCUCCAUCACAACUACCUCCUCCUGACAGGACAACAGCAUCCACACUGAUGCAGACACUGACCAUGUCUUCAUGUGUGAAGGCAUGAUAAAGACCGUCGUUCUGUCUUUUUGAGAUCCGAGAGAUGGACCAACAAAAGAUUGUUUUUGGGUUUUUUUUUUUUUUUUUCAUCCGACAUGUCCUUUGGUCACAUCGCUUCAGUGGUUUUAGAUUGUUGUAAACAAUCUUUUUCAAUAUGUGUUGAAAACUGUUACCAUAAACACUUCCAGGACAGUUUGUUUUGUUGAGCAGUUUUAAAACAAAGUGUUGCCUCUGCAUUUGUAAAAGUUUAUCUAUUAAAUAAAAAUUAAGAAAUAAAAUGAUGCAAAU